AUGGACGAGGUGAUGGCAAAUUUCACGGAUAUCACGGGUGCCGAUCAUUCCACUGCGCAAGGCUUACUGGAGGCUACCAACUAUGAUUUGGAACAAGCUGUGGGGCUGUUCUUUGCAACACAUGGUGAGGCCGCUGGCUCAGCCAGUGGCGCUGCACACUCACACCCCAGCGCUCCUAUGGACACCGGGGGGGGACCCAUGCCUCACCCUAUGGAAGAGCACGUGCGGCCGCCACUGCCCGCCGUGAGAGACAGGCUGUAUGGAGAGACCUUCACAUCUCGCGGCGCCUCUGGAUCCCAGUCGCAUCAGCAAGAAGUCCAGGCAUUUCGUGAUUUCAAGGCGGAAACCAGCAAGAGCAGAGCAGGUGGCAAGUCCAAUCAGCCUGGGCUGGCAGGGCUGUUUGAGCCGCCGCAUGACUUGAUGUUCAAGGGCACCCUUGAGGAGGCAAAGGCAGCCGCAUUGGAGCAGAGCCGCUGGCUGCUAAUCAAUGUCCAGUCCAACUCAGAGUUUGCCAGUCACCAGCUCAAUCGGGAUACAUGGAGUGACGACACAGUCAAGACCAUCAUCAGGGGCAGCUUCAUCUUCUGGCAGGUAAAUGAUGCGAGCGAGAAUGGCAGCAAAGUGAAAGCAUUCUACAGGCUGACAGAAUUGCCAGUCACGCUCGUCAUUGACCCUGUCACUGGAGCCUCCCCAAAGGCGUGGACAGGGGCUAUUGAGCCCCAAAGGCUGAUAGAGGAGCUGGUGCCAUUCCUGGACCAUGACAUCCACGACCCUGCAGCCCUGCAGCUGGGCAGCCAUCUCAAGCGCAAGAAGCGCAGCAGCCCCCCUCCAAAGGGUCUGACAGAGGAUGAGGAGUUGGCCAUGGCUCUGGCAAUGUCUGCAGAGGAUGCACAUGGCAGCGGUCCGGCCGAGGACGCACCGAGCUAUAGCGCAGAUGCAUCGCUGUCCAAGGCAGAGCCUGUAACCGAGGAUGCUGAUGACGAUAUUCCAGAAGAGGCACCCAUGCCCUCCAAGAGUGCAGCGGAUGUGGCAAAGGAGGCUGAGGAGCAGCUGCCGCCGGAGCCGGGUGCAGGUGACGCGGCCGGCUGCGGCGUGCUUGUGCGCUUCCCGGACGGCCAACGCCGGCAGCGCCGUUUCCCCCGCAGCGCCUCACUGGACGUCGUGCGCGCCUUCUGCCUCGUCCACUCCGAGGAGGCCGCCGCCGGGCGCCCCUUCGCAAUCGUGGAGUCCAUGCCUGGUUCUAAUCCACUGGAGGACAUGACAAAGACAAUCGAGGAGGCAAAUCUGGCUGGUGCCAUGCUGGUCAUGAGGUGGCUCAGCUAG